CAUGAGAGUAAACAAGAUUUCAGACUUAGUGCAGAUAUAUUCCACUGUUGGGGACCUUGUUCCAAUCUGCCUUCUUAGUAUAUUGUUGAAAACUUGUGCCACAUCCUUCUUUCCUUCAAAGUCAAUUCUAUUCAGGUUCUGAAUCAACAAUAACAGUAAGUUACUAUUGUACAGUUCUUGUGCUAGUUGAGCCACAAUUAUAUCUGCCUGAGGCUCAGCAUCAGAAGUCCCAUAGAGCAUAUUUUUGAUCAAGACAAGAUUCUUUGAUACAUCCUCUUGGGCCUUCUCUGCCUUCUUAUCACCUUUUUCUAGGGAAUUGACUGCUUCUUUCAGUGCCUUCACUACGUCUGCUGGACCUUUCUGUGAUUUCCCAAACAGGGGCAUUGUUUAAAUUAUUUCAAUUAAUUCUGUUGAAUGACGUUGGUUAGUAUGUUUUUGGAGUGCUACCGCAGUAUAACGACGUGGUGUUUCAUAUGUAAAAGGAACUGCGAUGUUAGAUGAUCACUUCUCUCAUUACAAUAUGAAUGUUACUAAGCUUUAUAACGAAGUAUAAAACUUUUUUAGACCACAUCUGACAGAACUACACUUGAUAAUAUUCUCCAAAAAUACGUAAACGUGAUGUUCAUUUUUUACCGAAGAAAAGUCAAAAGUGACAAGCGUGAAGCACAAUUAUGAACUAGAUAACAUCCGCAUUAGCCAGAUUUUAUGGUCCUAAAUCAAGGUUCGUUAAAGAUUGACGGAAUACCUGAAGUAAGAAUCACAAUCACAAAAAAGAAUGUGGUUAAAAUUAACAUUGUCAACCCAAAAUUUCAUAACAAAGAUAUUAUUCAAAUCAAAUCGUUCAAAAUGACAACAUCUUUUCCUACGAAUUGGGAUAUAGAAGAUUAUAAAGACGAUACCGAACCAGAUGAACAUUGGGAACUGAGGAAAGCAUUCAUGGAAGCCCACAAGGGUAAAUUUUCAGAGGAAUACCUAGUUGCUUUGGCAAGAACUUUCACAAACAUUGAAUUUAUGGGAUGCAGUUAUCCUGCUGCCCUUAUGGUUCGAAUAGCUGAACUGUCUAAAGAUGUGGCUCAUGAUUACAGGGAAAUCAAAAAAACAAAGCUACAGAGAACUUUUGUCUCUGCUUCAAAUGCUGCAGAAAAUAAAAUAAAGAGAAGAAGAACUGAUCCAGGAUCAGCACCACCCAGAAAAUGAGUUGAUUUAAUUGCAUUACUGCUUUCUACCAAAUUUGGACAUCCUUUUUUAUUUUCAAUAAUUAAAAACAUGAAAUAAUCAAAUCCAAGACUUUUAUUUCCAAAUAUCCUAUCACUUCUUAUUAACAAUUAAAUUAAAAAAAAUGGAUAUACAAGGAACUGCCUACAUAAUGGGAUAUAAUAUGAAAUUCACCACAAAAUUGCUCCCUCAAUCCAAAUUCAGUCUAUUUAUUGCUGUUAUGCAAACUCUCUAUAGAGACACUGAGUUGCUCCAACCUCUGUAUAAGUUGACUCAUAGUACUCUGUGAUCUCUGAAUAUCAUCAUCAUUCAAGCUAGGUGCUGUUGCAGAUCCUAGAUCAAAAUGCAACUUUGCAAGUUUUUCUUGCUGCUCUCUAAUGCUUGUCAUCUGAUCCAUAGAGCAGCCACUACCAAAGGCUCUCAGCUUCCCUGAAUGAAAAUCAGCAAGCAGCCCUAAGAGGGCCCUUUCCAUAUGUCUCACAUCUGGCACUUGAGAUAUAAAAGAAUGGUGUCGGAUAUCUGUGUUACUUUUA